GCUCUGGGAUUGACACAACUGUGCGAACAGGACUUACAGUCCAUUCAUAACUGGAAAUUAAAUAUGAAUGAAACGGACGACAACCGGAUCAGUGAUACGGGAAUUGUUGAAACGCGAGCUAUCGCGAAAGACUUUAAACUAAGAUAUCCAACACUUUUGGACCCAACGAAGACAAUGAUCGAUAUCGGAGUCACUACUAAAGUGAGAACAUUGCAAACGGCCGACGCUUUUCUACAAGAAAUCACUUCCGAUUCGAAACCCAUUGUACAGACAUCAGAAGAGGACUACAGCGAGAGUGCGAGCGGUGAAACUGCUGAAAUAUUGAGUGAAAUAACAAAAUCGGAAAAGGAUUUGUUGUAUUUUCACGACACGUGCGAAGACCUACUGCUAGAACAGGGCGUAAGACUUGAAAAGCCGAAACGUGUGAAAGAUUUGCGUAAAAGUACUUCAAUGCAAGCGAUUAUCAAACGAGUUAACGAAAGGCUUGGCUUCGGGGCGGGCAAUGAGAUCGACGCUAAAGUGCUCCGGCAUAUAGUGAGGGCCUGUUAUUUUGAAUUCGCUAUUUUUGGCCAAAACAGCGGCUGGUGUUCACUACUCGGUAACGACGAGAUCAAGAUUCUUGAAUAUUUAGACGAUAUCGAAGACUAUUACGAAGACGCUUACGGUCGUAAUAUAAAUAGCAAACAAACGUGUCCUUUGAUUGGAGAUCUGUUCGCAAAAGUGAAACAAUCAGUGAAGUCAUCGAAAGAUACGAAAACGUAUCUCCAGUUCACACACGCGGGUGUUAUGAAACGCCUGUACUCUGGUUUGGGUCUCUUUGAUGUAUUGCACGAUAACAUCGACUUUAAAUCUGAUGAAAGCGUUUGUUUGAAUGACGGCCGCAAUUGGAAGUCAUCAUUGAUUUGUCCAUUUAAUGCCAAUUUUGCGGCCGUUCUCUACAAAUGCAAAGACAAUAAGAAAAAUGACGAUAAAACACAUGGAAAAUACAAAUUAUUGACUUUAGUUCAGGAGAAACCGGUGGUCAUAAAGGGUUGCGAUUCAUACCUGUGUUCUGUUGAUAAAUUCAUUGAAUCGUAUCAACAAAUGUCAUCCAAUUGUGAUCUUAAAGAGAUUUGCAAAAUAUAAAUAUUAUUUUUCGUCAAUAAUGGCUUUUAUUUGGCAUCUGUUUUAUAAUUUAUGAAAUUAUUUUAAAUUUUUAACG